AUGACCCACUCGCCCACCUCGGAUCACAGCCACCACCACCACGGCUUGCACCACACCAAGAAGAAGCGGGUCGGCAAGGCCUGCGACUCGUGCCGUAUCAAGAAGACCAAGUGUGAUGGCAAAAAGCCUUGCAGUCGGUGUAUUCUCGACAACAAGAUCUGUGUGUUCACAGAAAAGAAGAAGCAGCGGGAGAAGAGCCACCCUGUGGGGUACGUGGAGCUCUUGGAGACACGCUUGGACAUCUUGACCAAGGCGCUUGAGAAGUUGGUGGAGCUCAGCACGCCCCAUCUCGAGUUCUUGCAGCAGUUGGUGGCCGAGCACGAGGCCAAACGGACGGGAGUAAAGCAGGAGGAAGAGUCGACGGACGAGCUCAGCGACUACGACCACACUGACGAGGACGACGAGGAGUCGACUGACGGCGAGGUGGCCAGUGACGGUGCAGUGCCCAUCAACAAAGUGGUGGCGUACUUGAUCAACCGCGAGGCCUUACUCUCGUCGUUGCCAGUGGAGUGGGAACGGGGCGCGCUCAUUGCUGCAAACUUCUCCCGCAAGGAUGUGGGUGCCAGUGCCCGCAUGUUUGCCGAGCAUAAGCUCAGCGUCCAGGACCAAGACCAGGAAGCUAGGAGCGGGCCCCGCGUGCUGCCGCCUGCGCGAGCAUCGCUGAACUCCAGCUUGACAGAGGGGGUUCACAGCUUCGGUGGCAUCUCCUUUAUCAACUCCACCAACUCGUUCCUGUCGCAAGAACACGCCAGCGACUUCGACAGCGACUCCAACGCCAACCUUGCCGUCAAAACCGAGCCAUCGUCACCCCCCUCGGUCGAAGGCUUCCAUCGCAGAGCCAACUCGUUGUUCCUCCACUCCACCGCCAACGGAUCCGCAACCCAGCUCAACCAGUCUAUUACCCCAUCCUCCCGCAGCAACAGCCUGGUGGCGUUGCUCACCUCCAAAUUCGAGAGCCAAGGAUUGACGUCGCCUGCAAGCUCGCCCCAAGACGUGGCUGCCGCAGGACGUCUGCUCAUCCUGCGGAGAGCCAGCCAGCGCUCGAGCUCACCCUCUGCGAUCAAGAUCAAGAAUAACGGCCAUGUCCACAAACGUCCCCACGCAUCGUGCCGCAAUGACAGCUUCAAAUCUGGAGUCGAGCUUUUGGCAUCGCGCGGCCGCAGAGGCUCUAGCGUCAAUGGCACCAACGGACAAUACUUGAUGAUGAAUCCAGGCGAUUCAUUGUACGACUCCAACGCACAAACAUCCAGGGCGGGCAUCAUUGACAACAUUGACAACAUUGUGUCGCUCUCACCACAAACGUCCCGCAAUCCAGACCCAUUGUACGAGACCAAAUAUGACGAUUUCGGAGGCUCCAGCAUCGACGACUUUGGCACUACAUUUCCCGAGCUUCCGCCUGACGGUUUCAGGAUGGGCCAGGGGGUGCACUCGCCGUCGUCAAUCUUUGAAAACCCGCUCCCCUUGGAGGUGUCUGCCGCGCCCUCGUCGGGAGGCUUGCUCGAGGAAGACGGGUUUGACUUCUUGAGCAACAGCCCCUACAUGACCUAA